UUCACAUACAGUCUUGCAAUUAUUCGAAUCUUUUAACUAGUAUAUAAACCUUCCGAACAUGUCUAUGAAGUUCACCAUUCCAUUACAGAUAUCUUCAGAUUCGUGUAGUAACUCUCCAGCUAUAUAUAUAUAUAUAUAUAUAAUCCCUCUACUUGCAGUCACUGUCUUCUGGGAAUGGGCAGCAGGGAAGGAGACUGGAUUUGCGGCACCUGCCAGUACCAGAACUUCCGAAGGUGGGAGUCUUGCCAGAGGUGCGAAGCGAUAAAUCAGGUGCGAAUACUGCCGGGGGACUGGUACUGCAAUGUCAUUAACUGCGGAGCACACAACUACGCCAGCCGAACAAGCUGCUACAGGUGUGCUACACCGAGAGACCCAUGUGACACCAGCAGCAUUAGUGCCUACGACGGCAGUAUGGGCCUUCCCGGAUGGAAAAAGGGUGACUGGAUGUGCCCCAGAGUUGGAUGCGGUGCCCACAACUACGCUAGCAGGACUGAAUGCUUCCAAUGCGGAACCUCACGAUAUUUUGGUGGUGCGUGAAUUAAUUACAGUUAGCCCUUGAUUCGGUUCACCUCGAUUAUAGCUGGCUUAAGCUUUCUCUCCAUCCUCAGUUCAGCUCUUUCUUUUUAUUUUCUGGUCCCCGGUUGGUGCCUAGCUAGUCGUUGAAGUCGAAUCUAUAUUUAUAUAUGUAUGUAUUUGUCAAGAUAACCGUCGUAGACGUCUACGUACUAGUGAUCUGCUGAGUAAGUGUAUUAUUAAUGUAACUAGGUACAAGUUAACUAGAGGUGUUAUUGCUUGGGAUUAAUAAAAUCAUUAGCUGUUUUUCUGUUCUCUUCUUAUUACAACAAA